GCACCCGCAAGAUUCCGCAGAUAUACGUUCUUAUCCUGCAUACAUAUUUGAAAGUUACGUGUUACAAUUAGGUCACCAAAAUAUAUCGCGUGCCGAUGGUGAUCUCUCCCAAUGAGAGAAGCACCUACCAUGGAUCCCAUGCCCAAGUGGACGACACUAUCAAUCAGAGCCUUGCACUAGGCACCAUGAUCUUCCUCCAUCUAACCACCUUAUCCACUUCCAGAACGUGCCAACAGACCAAGUUCACGAGGCGCCUCUUGCACUAUCUAUCUUCGAUUCAGCGCGUCGUAGAAAAAGAGCACAACGAAUAAACGCACCAAAUGCCCUACUUUGGGAACCCUGACGUUGGAGGAGUUUUCUGGCCUGAGCCAGACCCGUUCUCGAGUCGACAUAGGACCGCCAAUCCUGAAGUGGGAGAGAAAGUUUCAGCAACGAAAGGGAACCAAUCUAGGGAAACCAACUCUAGUUCGUUAGCUCGACCAGGCACAACCCAGUGUAUGUAAAUACAGGGAUCAAGAUAACGGAUCAAGUCCCAGACGACCCCGCUGUGCACUCGACCCUCCAUGAUGAGCGCCUCUUGUUCUGGCGGCAUAACAAGCCGAACCGAGCCGUCUGGGCAGUCAACCAGGGCAUACCGCACGUAUCUAUGUAUCGCUCGGGCAUCCCAAGUCGCGAAGAAAGGGCUGGUGGCGAAAGAGACCAAGGCUUCUUCGCUGCGGUGCACAGUCAGAUCACACGCCCCUUCUCUCGGUCGCAGCAGAGCUCACCGGGAUUUCCACGUCUGUCGCCGCGCCAAAGCGAUCCGAGUGAAAGGGGUGUCAUCAAACGGUGUCCCGAAGCGGAUGAGCACAGGGUCGACGAGUAUCAGCGCCGCGAAAAGACGAGGUUCCGUGAAAGCAACACGACCACUGACACGCAAGCAUGUCAGACGUUGCAACCAGGAGGCAAGACGAUUAUACCAGAGACAACCGCCAAAGGAAUGGCCGACAGCAAUCAAUUUGCGUUGAUUAAACCCAUUUGCUUGUCGAUGGGCCGUUUCUCUGAUCGGGAUCAGCGGGAGCGAGGUCGCAAGUUUUCCGACCCCGGCGACUUUGGAGGGGAGAAAGUGCAGCAGAAAGUUGAGAAUGUCACGCGCAUCAUCGACUCCGUCGCCUUGAGAAUCGUUAGACAUGCAUGGCGCGGCCCGCGACUAUUCACCGACAAGCCACGAGAGUCGGACCCAGUGUCGCGUUGACUGAAGCAGAGGCGCCGUGAUGUACGGCUUCCCAAGCCCAUAUCUCGUCAAUGGGAUGACCAUCGGGAAGCGACAGGAGAUCCAGCAGUGUGGGUUCCCA